GCAAGCGUUUGAAUAAAAGAACGCGCAUACAAAAAGCAUCAAAAUACAACAAGCAACGCAAACGAGCGGACGUAAAGUUUUAUUAAUAUUUCGUUUCAAACUAAAACAAAGUGUGUGCAUAUACAUAGAAAUAUAGUGACUCAUCUCCUUAAAGGGUUCCAACAAAUUUUUUUUGAAACAUCUACAAAUUUUACGAACAAUAACAAAAACAACAAUGAGCGUUUCAGAGGAUCAAGUUGGUCGAACAAACGACUUAAUAGACGCCUUCGGUUCGCUAAAUUCAGCGUCCGGUUCUUCAAAUAGUGGUUCAGGUGGAUACUAUACUGGUGCUAGUAGCAGCGGCGGUACGUUUGGUGGCGGUGCAAUAGGCCAACUCGCAAAUGGUUUUGGUAGUAGCUAUCAUAGUUACACAGCGAAUAUGGUAACCGAUCGCCAUGCAGCUGAAUAUAAUAUGCGACACAAAAAUCGUGGAAUGGCGUUGAUAUUUAAUCAUGAAAAUUUCGAAGUACCAACAUUAAAAUCGCGUGCAGGCACUAAUGUGGAUUGUGAAAAUUUAGCACGAGUUCUUAAACAAUUGGAUUUUGAUGUGAAAGUGUUUAAAGAUUGCAGCCUCAAACAGUUGAAACAACAUAUAGAAUGGGCUUCCCAACAAGAUCAUAGGGAUAAUGAUUGCAUUUUGGUUGCGAUACUUUCGCACGGCGAACUUGGUUAUAUAUACGCAAAGGAUGUGCAAUAUAAAUUAGAUCAAAUUUGGUCUUACUUUACACCACAACAUUGCCCCAGCUUGGGUGGCAAACCGAAACUCUUCUUCAUACAAGCUUGCCAAGGUGAUCGACUUGACCCUGGUGUCACAAUGAAACGCAUCAAUCGUACGGAAACAGACGGUGAGACGUCAAUGAGUUACAAAAUUCCUUUGCAUGCCGAUUUCUUGAUUGCCUACUCGACCAUACCGGGAUUUUACUCAUGGCGCAAUACUACACGCGGCUCUUGGUUUAUGCAAUCACUUUGCGCCGAGUUGGCAGCCAAUGGUAAACGUUUGGAUAUGCUAACAUUGUUGACUUUUGUAUGCCAAAGAGUUGCGGUUGAUUUUGAGUCGUGCACCCCGGACAAUCCAGAAAUGCAUCAACAGAAGCAGAUACCGUGCAUUACCACAAUGUUAACCCGCAUUUUACGUUUCGGCGAAAAGGGUGCCUUGCGAUAAGCCUGUCAUUUUAUCGAUGCUUUAUGUAUUACUAAACAAGUAAAACCACAAAUCGUUUUGUGCAAACUUCAAAUUAUAGUAUAAGACUUACUUGCUUAAUAUCAGCCAAGAAUUAAGCCUCAUUUACUAAGCAUUUUAGAUAUUGUACGACAUUCUAUAUACCUAUAUACUAAAAAAAUUAUAACUAAACACAUUCGUAUGUAUGUGUGUGCUAAGAUAUAAACAUGUCAAUUUCUAUCAAUAAUAGUCCGUUCCGUAGACAAAUUGUUUGGAUGUCAUUUAAAUCGUGCUAUUUGUUGCACUAAACUAAUGUUUAAGAAUUAAUGAAUAUAUAAUAUAGUUUUUUAUACUCUUCGAAAAUAGGAGCCACUUUUAAAUAUAAGGAAGCUCCUUUGGACGCUAGGUACAAAGUCUGUGUAUAUUUAUAGUAUAUACUGCCAUUUGUAAUUGAUCCAAUAUAAAUAAAGACAAUUUAUACAAAUUUAUAA